AUGUCAUGCAGCCUGCAGAGAAAACCAGACGGUGAGGACUUCCCCAGACAGAGAAAAGAGCUCUCAAAACUGGGCUUUGAGUGGACCGUUCACAGCCUAAGAACCAGGGGUCCUUUUCUACCAGUCUCCAGCGUUCUGGGCAGUGUUCUGGACAGUGUUCUGGACAGUGUUCUGGGCAGUGUUCUGGACAGUGUUCUGGACAGUGUUCUGGACAGUGUUCUGGGCAGCGUUCUGGGCAGGGUUCUGGACAGCGUUCUGGACAGUGUUCUGGACAGUGUUCUCGUUCUGGACAGUGUUCGGGACAGUGUUCUGGACAGCGUUCUGGGCAGGGUUCUGGACAGCGUUCUGGACAGUGUUCUGGACAGUGUUCUGGACAGUGUUCUGGACAGUGUUCUGGGCAGUGUUCUGGACAGUGUUCUGGGCAGCGUUCUGGGCAGGGUUCUGGACAGCGUUCUGGGCAGCGUUCUGGACAGCGUUCUGGACAGUGUUCUGGACAGGGUUCUGGACAGGGUUCUGGACAGCGUUCUGGACAGUGUUCUGGACAGCGUUCUGGACAGCGUUCUGGACAGCGUUCUGGGCAGCGUUCUGGGCAGCGUUCUGGACAGCGUUCUGGACAGCGUUCUGGGCAGCGUUCUGGACAGUGUUCUGGGCAGUGUUCUGGACAGUGUUCUGGACAGCGUUCUGGGCAGGGUUCUGGACAGCGUUCUGGACAGUGUUCUGGACAGUGUCCUGGGCAGCGUUCUGGACAGCGUUCUGGACAGCGUUCUGGACAGUGUUCUGGACAGUGUUCUGGACAGUGUUCUGGACAGCGUUCUGGGCAGCGUUCUGGACAGCGUUCUGGACAGCGUUCUGGACAGGGUUCUGGACAGGGUUCUGGACAGCGUUCUGGACAGCGUUCUGGACAGUGUUCUGGACAGUGUUCUGGGCAGCGUUCUGGACAGCGUUCUGGACAGCGUUCUGGACAGUGUUCUGGACAGCGUUCUGGACAGCGUUCUGGACAGCGUUCUGGGCAGCGUUCUGGAUAGUGUUCUGGACAGUGUUCUGGACAGUGUUGACUAA